AUGAAAAUAAUUUUUAUUUGUUUAUUAUUAUUAAUUUUUUCAUUUAUAUUAAUAAAUGGAUAUUCAUACUCAAGCAAAGUUAAACUUGCUGAUAUGAAAUUUAUAAAGAACUCACAAAUCAAUGAACCAAAUAUUUGUUAUUUUUUAAAUGGUGGGACAUUGUUUGGAAUACUUUUAAAUGAAAGUUCAACAGAUAUUAUUCAUUUCAAUGAAAUUAAUUUUAAUAAAAAUGAUAAAAUUCCAAAUGAAAUAAUUAUGGCAAAAUCAAACUUUUCGUUAACCACAAUAGGAUCAAUUUGGGGAAUGAAAAAUAAAAUUUCAUUAAAUUUCGAAAAGAAUGAAGAAUUCAAUAUUUAUAAUGAUUUAAAGGAUGUUAAAAAUUCAUAUAUUGCAAAUCCAUCAAUGAUUUAUUAUAAUGAAUAUAAAUAUAAUGUUAUUGGUAUGACAUACCAAAGUUCAAAUGAAUAUUCUCAAUUUAUUAGACCAUUUGGAAUUUCAUUUAUUGAAGAGUCUGGAUUUGAACAAUCAAUUCCAAUAAAUGAAAUGUGGACAAAUGAAAAUAAAAAAAAGAAACCAGAUUUUAAAGAAAUAAUUAAUUACAUUGAUAAAAAUAUUUAUGUAUUUGGUGGUAUUGAAGAGGUGCAAUCAUUUAAAUCAUGUCAUAAUAAAAUCACAAAUAUCUAUUAUGGUUUCGUAAAAGAUUAUUACCAAAAUCAAUUUAUCAUUCAAUUUAAUUGUACUGAUAAAAAUAUAAAAUCAAUACCAUUCGAUUCAGAAUUAUAUUUCUAUACAACUUAUAUUACCCAAUAUCAAGAUAUUUUCGUUAUUUCUGGUUCUGAUAGAAUUUCAGGAGAUUUCGGUAUUUACACAGUUGAUUUAAAAAGUAAAGAAAAAACAUUAAUUCAUUCAGGAGUUUAUCAACCAACAUUUUAUAUAAAGAGUGAAAACACAAGGUAUUUAAUGUUUUACACCAGUCAAGAAGGUACAAUAACAAUUUAUGACAUUUUAAAAAAGAAAUCAAAAGAAAUUCUUCUCGAAAGUAAAAUCAAUGAAAAGAUUGCUAAAAAUAUUGAUAGUGCUUAUGCUGUUUAUCAUGGCACUGAUCAAAGUGAAGAAUUUGAAUUUUUAAAUGCACCUAUUAAUUCUAAAUCCUUUAUUUAUUCCAAUCAAGUCAAUAAUAAUAAUAUUGUUCAAAAGAAAUCCAAUAGUAAAUCAUGGUUAAAAUUUUUCAUACCAAUUGUUACUUUAUCAAGUAUAUGCCUAAUUGUAUUAGCUUUCAUUACAGUUAUUAAAAAAAGAAAAAAUAGAACAAAAAAGUUUAUUUCUUUUGAUUAA